UGGAGCCAAUUUGGGAGUCCGGAGUUGUAGUUUUGCUACCACUUUCUUCCUCCUCGGAAUUCCUCCACUCGUACGUUGUCUCUGUCUCUCUCUGUCCAAUCCCUUCCUUUCCCUGAAACAAAAUUCAAGACCAAUGAACGCGCCCAUAAUCGAUCCACUGCAAGGAGACUUCCCAGAGGUGAUUGAGGAGUAUUUGGAGCAUGGGGUCAUGAAGUGCAUUGCAUUCAAUCGCCGUGGUACCCUUCUCGCUGCUGGAUGCUCUGAUGGGAACUGCAUUAUCUGGGAUUUUGAAACCAGGGGCAUUGCCAAGGAGCUCCGAGAUAAAGACUGCAUUGCUGCCAUAACAAGUGUCUGUUGGUCAAAGUAUGGCCAUCGUAUCCUUGUAUCUGCUGCUGACAAGUCAUUAACACUUUGGGAUGUUGUCAGUGGCGAGAGGCUUACACGCACAACUCUGCAGCAAACCCCUUUGCAAGCUCGUCUGCAUCCUGGCUCCUCUACUCCAUCUCUCUGCCUGGCAUGCCCUCUCUCAUCUGCUCCCAUGAUAGUUGAUUUAAAUACAGGAAGCACAACUAUACUUCCGGUCUCAAUCCCUGACACAGGCAAUGGAGCUGUCCCUCAGUCACGCAAUAAAUUCUCCGAUGGAACUCCCCCUUUCACUCCAACUGCUGCUUGCUUUAACAAGUAUGGGGAUCUUAUUUAUGUGGGGAACUCCAAAGGGGAAAUUCUUAUAAUAGACCAUAGGACUGUUCAAGUGCAAGCCAUGGUUCCAGUUAGUGGCAGUGCUGUGAUCAAGAACAUAGUAUUCAGCAGGAAUGGGCAGUAUCUGCUUACAAAUUCGAAUGAUCGGACCAUAAGGAUAUAUGAGAAUCUCCUCCCCUUCAAAGAUGGACUCGUAGUCCUUGACAACUUGGACAAGACACUUAAUGAGCUAGAUGGUGUUGAGAAGUUGAAGGCUGUUGGAUCGAAGUGCCUAACACUUUUUCGGGAGUUUCAAGAUUCUAUCACAAAGAUGCAUUGGAAAGCACCUUGCUUUAGUGGUGAUGGUGAGUGGGUGAUUGGUGGUUCUGCAAGCAAAGGAGAGCACAAGAUUUACAUAUGGGAUAGGGCUGGGCAUCUUGUGAAAAUCCUUGAAGGUCCAAAGGAAGCCUUGAUUGACUUAGCAUGGCAUCCUGUUCACCCCAUUGUUGUGUCUGUUUCCCUGACUGGUUUCGUUUAUAUUUGGGCUAAAGAUUAUACGGAGAACUGGAGUGCAUUUGCUCCCGAUUUCAAAGAGCUAGAGGAAAAUGAGGAGUAUGUAGAACGAGAAGAUGAAUUUGAUCUGGUUCCUGAAACCGAAAAGGUUAAAGAAUCAGAUGUUAAUCAAGAUGAUGAAGUUGAUAUACUGACGCUGGAGAAGAAUUCAGCUUUCAGUGAUUCAGACAUGUCCCAAGAAGAGCUGUGCUUCUUGCCAGCUAUUCCUUCUCCUGACAUGCCUGAGCGGCAAGACAAGUGUGUUGAAAGCUCAUCGAAGUUAGUGGAUAGUAACCAGUCUGGAUCCCCUCUUUCAGAAGAGGCCGAACCAAAUGGGCACACAGCAAACCAUGCAUCAAGUCCGCCUGAAGUUAUAGAUAAUUCUGCAGCAGAGGAUGCAGGAGGAUCACGCAUGAAAAGAAAGCGGAAGCCUUCAGAGAAAGGGUUGGAGUUGCAGGCUGAGAAGGUCAGGAAACCCAAAUCUUCCGGUAGAUUGUCGAAAGUUAAAAAUAAAUCUGUGGUUGAUCAAGAUAAUGGCAAUGGCUUUCAUGGGGAUGAUGUUUCUGAUUAGUACAAUUAGAUUUUAGUUCUUAUUUCUUUUAUCUGUACUUCCUAUUUCUCUCUUGGGUCUUUCCUGCUAGACAACUUAGAGGCUUUUAGUUUUUUCUUCUUCUAUAGAUUUUGUGUUUUUUCUA